UUGUAUUGAGAGGACUGUGCUGUAAUGGCAGCUUGUACUCAUCUGGACUAGACAACAGUUGCGCUUUUUUCUUAUUUCUAAAGGUGGAGUUCAAGAAUAAGGUCAAGAAAGACUUAAAUGGACUUCUGAAGUAAAAAAAGGAAGAAAAAUGGAGACUGAGACCAUUUUAAGCCUUAAAAACCAACUCAAGGAAGCAGAGAAUGAACGAAGAAAGGCAGCACAAUAUGGCUUGCAUUUAUUGGAGUCCCAAAGUGAAGUUCAAAAUGAGUUGGAUGAAACACGUCGCGAAUUGACUGAAAAAACAGAGAAAUUUGAACAAGAGAAAUAUUCUCUCCAGAGAGAAAUUGAACUCAAGAAUCGAAUGUUGGAAAGCUUGAGUUUUGAAUGUGAUUCCCUUAAGCAGCAGCAAAGCAUGCAACUGGAUAAACAGAAAGAACAGCUCGCCAGGGUCUAUGGACAAGAAAUCAGUGACCUUAAAAACAAGUUGGAGAGUCUGAAAGCAGAACUAGAUGAAACCCGGCUGUCUGAGAAACAACUGAGGCACAAAGUAGAGCAUCAGAAGGAAAUAAUUGCUGCCAAGUCAGAAGAAUUACAUAUCAUGUCUGAACGUGUACAUGAGACCAUGUCUUCAGAAAUGCUCAGUCUUCAGCUAGAACUUACUGAACUAGAAAGUGUGAAGGCCAGUGUUGAAGAAAAGCUGAAUGAACUAGAGUAUGGUAAAGAACAACUAGAACUCAUAAACAGUAACCUGCGUAAUCAGCUGGAGCGUCUACAGGGAGAAAAAGAAGAAAGGGAAAAAGAAGUUGUUUCUUACUGCAAUGCAUUAGAGAAAGCUCGUGAAGCUAAUCAGGAGCUUCAGGUUCAGCUGGAUCAUGCAGUGCAGCAGUCUUUGGACCCUACAAGAAAAGGCAAUUCUCUCUUUGCUGAGGUGGAGGACCGUAGGGCAGAAAUGGAACGGCAGCUGAUCAGUGUGAAAGUAAAAUAUCAGUCCCUACAAAAGCAGUAUGCGUUCACUAGAGAACAGUUGCAAAGAAUGAAGCUGCAGAUGGUUACACUGCUCCAGCUGAAAGGCUCUCAAGCAGAAUUUGAUCAGCUGGAACGCUUGCAGUCAAUGUUAGAACAGAAGAAUGGUGAGAUACAAGAUCUGCUUAUGAAAGUGAGGCAGCUAGAAAAAUUUAAGACUUUGUAUGAGAAUGUGGAAGAAUCCAAAGCUAGUUGUAGCUCAAAAGGAGGGGAGUCUGAAGAUGGUUACUAUGUGGAUUUACUGCAAAUGAAGCUUGACAACUCCAACAAGGAAACAGAAACCUUGAAAAAUGAACUGUCUUUACAGAGGAUGAAGGCUCUGCACGAGAGCCAAAGGGUUCUAGAAGUUGAAAGGAAACUCUUUGCAAAUGAGAGGUGUUUGCAAGCUUGCCAAAGUGAAAAUAUGAACUUGCGAGUUAGGCUGGAUGAGCUAAAAAUGAAGUAUGAACCUGAAGAAUUAUUUAUGGGCACUAAAAUUAAAAAGAGGAGGGAGAAGGCUCCAGUGGGCAAUACUUGUGAAUACUUGGACAGCAAAAAUACUUCAGUAAAAGAAGCUGCUCUUACUCAGUUGCCAAGUAAGGAAGAAAUCAAGAUGACUUCCAUGAACUUGGAGCAAAGUGGUGCUUCUCAAAAAAAACAUGAUCCUGAAGCAGCGCCAAUGAAUAUGGCUGUUCAAGUAAUGCAGAAAGUAGCUGAACCUGAAAGAGAAAGAAAGAGAGUUAAAAUUGAAGAUAAGAAUCAUGAUGCCUUUACUUCAUGUAGCAGAAGUGGAAGCAAUUCCUUGACUUCAGCUGCCCCCAGGUUAACAGCUGAAUCCAGCUUUGAAACUACGGAAAAAGGAGAUGAGAAAGAAAAUAAAGUCAAAACCGAGAAGAAAACGCAAAAGUACGCAACGUUGUAUGUAUCUUCUAAGGCAACUUCUGGAACGCAGUGUGCUCAGCAAUAACAAUUCUGGAAGGCGCCUCAACAAUUUGGAGUCCUGCUUCAGCAGGCAAUACUGAGUAAACUGUUGUCACACAUGAAUGUACAGAUUCUAGACUUCGCUAUUGAUCUGCCUGCUCUGUGAAGAGUAUGGUGGCAUUAAUGAGAGUUGCACUUUUGAUACCUUAGGGCAUCCUAGAGGGCAUCUGAUGGUUCCCUGGCACCUGAAGUGUUACCUUGUCUUGAAUCUUGGCUAAAUCUCUAAACAUGUAGUAGUUGUUACUUGUUUGAAGCAUAGUGCUAUUCUGAAAGAUGAGUUCUUGCUACAGGUCUCUUAACAUAAGAGGGGUCAGCCCUGAGCAAGAGAGUCUAGACAGCUUUGAUGCAGAAUUCAGCUAAGCCACAUGCUCCUGAAUUUCUUCCCUCCUGGACUCAGAAUUCUUAAUGGCUUGUUUUUCCUCCUUAUGUGUAAUUGUUCUACUUUCAGACAGACCUGAUUGCAAAGGUGCAUGUUAACCUCUAUGUAUUUUUGUGGGAC